CGUUGUUGCUAUUUGUGAUAUUUGUCAUGUGCCUUACAGUCGUUUCUUGUAACAUUUCGAAAGAACACACGCCGCAUGUGAAACGUAAGAACACAAUUGUAAGAACGUUUGUUGCUAAUGGGAUGCUAUCGAAGCAGAACAAAUUAAAUGAGUCUGCUAGUAAAUCAAAGCUUCGCAAUCGUCCAUUAAACACGAGCUCGUGGUCAGCAACAUUAGGAAAGGAGAACUUAGUUUAUUAUAAUUCCAACUCGAGACAUUUAGGAGAGCAAAAAACCGCAUUGACAGACGGAGAAAUCGUCAACUAUAAACCCGAUUCCCCAACUCCUCCUUUCAUCAUAUGGGGACUCGACGGAAAGGUCGUUUAUCCUAGCCAAUCUUUUGCGAAUUCUUCAAUUAUUAUUCAUGUAUUUGAUCCUCAGUCAGGAUUUCUUGAAUGUAUGUGGACAUCAGACGAAGGAUUGCAACCGAUAGUUAAAACUUCACUUUUGAAUUCAACGCAUUUCAUUUUCAUCCCCAAAUCAGCAGAGAUGCAGGAAGUUUAUGGUGCUUUAUGGAUGAGUGACCGCAUUCAUCAUACGCUAUUGAGGCAUUUUGUUAAAGAUACCAACAUGAGUGGGACACUUGGUUCUUUGAUAAUGGAGAGAAUCCAUUUCUCUGUUGUUCCACUGGACAAGCUUGGAAACUGGAUCCCAGAUGCAUUAAGCCAGUGGCAUUGUGUUGACCAUCUUUGUGGCUAUGAUCAAGUAGUUGUUCAAUCUACUGGUGAGGCAUCACAGUUUCCUGUUGUGGCUAAGAGACUGGAUGCAAGGUAUGACUGGUUGCCGAGUCCACCAAGCGUUUUUGGGAACAAGACACUGCCUAUGAUUAGAGCUGAUACAGGAUGCAAAAGUGUGGGCUCUCUAAAGGGAUCCAUCGCUCUUGUUUCUUCAGGAAACUGUUCCUUCUUUCAAAAGGUUCAAACAAUGCAAAAGUCAGGAGCAAUUGGUGUUGUUGUAUAUUCUGAUAAAGCUGGAUAUAUACAAGAGUUGAACUGUGAAGGUAGCCAGUGUAACACACCUCUGUCUAUACCAGCAACAAUGGUAGAGUAUAGCAGUAUAUACACUGGAAAUGAGAAACUUGAGAUAAGUUUCCAGAAUACUCCAUCUGAGAACUUUUUCUUGGCUGUAAACCAGGCAGGGGACCUGGCAGAGGUUGGCUGGUUCCUGUAUCCAUCUAUGGACUUCCUGGUGUGGCAAGGACAGUGGUUUAAAUAUAGAGAUGAGCUGGACAAAAGACUAGCAGCACCAGCUAACAUCAUCACGAUCUUCUCAGAGAAAACGAUGCAAGGGAAAGAGGGUGUUGUUGUCAAUGUUACACUGCCUGAUCUAAGAGAUUUACAAAAGUUUUCUAAGAUGGAGUUGGACAUGUCCCUGUCAUGUCCAGGAACCAUGGAUACAGAAUGCCCUCACUGGGAUCACACCAUUAAUCUGUAUGUCUGUUGUGACCAGGGGUCACCUCUCUGUGGUAUGGAGUUGGGACGUUGGAUUAGUGCUUUCCGACGAAGGAUUGGUCGCUGGACAACAGAUGUCUCCCCUCUUCUGCCUCUCUUCACAAAGUCUACUUGUGUGUUCAACAUGAAAACAGUUGAAUGGGCAAUGCCUUGGAAGCCGUCACUGAACUUAAGGUUUUCCCAGCCUCGUGUGUCAGGUGACAUGUACCCAGCAGAUGUCACAGUGCUGUAUGAACCUGGAGCAACAUUUGAUAAAACAUACAACUCGCACUUCAAACCGUACUCGUUUACUGUGCCAAGUGAUAUCAAAAAGGUAGAGAUAGUGGCUGUGAUCACUGGACAUGGAAGCGAUGAGAAUGGAUGUGGAGAAUUUUGUGUGACUUCUCAUCAUUUUAAAGUUAAUGAUCACAUAAACAACAUCACAUUUAGUGAUGCAGGUACUCCAUUGGGCUGUGCAGAUCAAGUGCCGUAUGGAGUGGAGCCAAAUGAACACGGUACCUGGCUUUAUGGUAGGAACGGCUGGUGUGACGGACAGAAUGUGUCACCUUGGGUGAUAGAUAUCACUGCACAGCUAGGAACAUCGGGAACACAGAACUCUCUGUCGUAUUUUGGAUGGUUUAAUGGGACAGACCCAAACCCUAAACAAAGCCCAGGAAUCAUUAUUAUGUAUUCCUAUCUGGUGUACUAUAGGGAAUUCACACUGUAAACAUCAUCAUUGCUUUUGUUAACUUUUUUUUUCAUGGAAAGAUCUUUUCUGAAAUAUUGCAGGAUUGAUUUAAGUCAUGCCUGUAUUUUACAGAAAAAUAUUACAUUUUUCAGUAAAAUUUUUCAUAAUUGCCAAAAACUUCCCUUAAUUGGAUAAUAUUUUAAUAUUGUACCCUACGGUAAGAAAUUGCUAAAACACUUUCAGAUGUGCUGCUUUUAUGCCAAUAGAAGUAUGUACUACGAAUUUUCAAUAUACACUUUCAACUCCAUAUUCAUGACAUUCAGUACAUUUCAUACAAAUUUAGGUAUCAUUGGUGUCCGUAGUGAUUACAGAGACUACAUCUUGAGGUAAUAUAUAUUGUGAGAUAUGACGACAGUUUAAUACUUUGAUGUGUUGUCCUUAGUCGAAUCUUAAAAACGCUAGUUUAUCCAAUACACCUGUACGAAAAUUAAUUUAUUAAGUUUUCAAACCAAAGUCGUCAUACAAUAUGGCUGGCAAUAUCAAGCUAGCUAAAUCCAAUGAUAGACCAUUUCAUCGCCAUCUUGAAGAGACGUUUGAACAAGUGCAUUUAAUUUUUUCAAAAACUUAUUGAUAUAUUUUUUUUUUGUUAAAAUGAUGAUAUCAAAUGUCUGUAUAAGGCUCUAGUUUAGUAUGGAAUUCAUUCUACACAAAUGUUCAGAUACACUUUGUUUCAGAUGUGUGUUGUUACCAAAACCCUCAUUUCUGACUGACUGUAUUCACAGAAGUAUAAACAGUAUUGUUAGAUACACUGUUCAUGCAUAUCCUGAUAAUUUAUCAUAGAAGACAUUUUUUUGGUGAGUUACCCUUACAAAUUGUAUUUAUGGAAUAAAUCUGAUUUUUUUUUUUAUUGAUUUGUCGUGCCUAUAGUGACAAUGGUUUGAUGAUAGUGUACUUUGUAUAUCUACAUUAUUUUUUUGUGUGUAUUUAUUUAUACAUUCCUUUGUUUUGUAUAAAUGACUCUUUACACUUU